AAGACACUGAGAGAGACACACUGAGAGAGACACACCGAGACACACUGAGAGUUACACUCGGUUAUAAUUUGCAAGUAAUUCGUGAUGUUUAUAUUGAGCACGAGACUGAUUAAGGCGCGCGCUCUAGCCGCUGUAGCCCAGCGCGUGCAGUGUGGAGGGGGGUCGCGCGCGUGCAGCAGUGUGGGGGGGCCCGUGGUGUUUAUGGAGCUCGCGGCCGAGACUGAACCUCUGGGGAGAGUCACCUUCCAGUUGAACUCAGACGUCGUUCCAAAAACAGCAGAGAAUUUCCGAGCCCUGUGUACGGGUGAACAUGGUUUUGGAUACAAAGGUUCCAUCUUCCACAGAGUUAUACCUCAAUUCAUGUGUCAGGCUGGUGAUUUCACCCAUCACAACGGUACAGGAGGGAAGUCAAUCUACGGUCCGCGGUUUCCUGAUGAGAACUUCAUACUGAAACACACUGGGCCUGGUAUUCUGUCUAUGGCCAACGCAGGACCAAACACCAACGGCUCCCAGUUCUUUAUCUGCACUGUGAAAACGGAGUGGUUGGACGGGAAGCAUGUGGUGUUCGGCAGUGUGAAGGAGGGGUUGGAGGUGGUGAAGAAGGUGGAGGCGCUCGGCUCUCGCUCAGGGAAAACCUCCAAGAGGAUCAUCAUCACCGACUGUGGAGAACUCAAAUAACACACACACACACACACACGAGAAUCUCAUCACAGUGACCGUUUUUCUAACACACCACACACACACACACACACACACACACACACACACACAUACAGACACAGUCUUGUGUGUGUUUCCUAAAGAUCACAUCAGCAUUGAGAACCUGAGCCAUCGACCUCACUCCAAUACGGUUUAGAACACACCCUCUCUCACCCCCCUUCCCCCCUCCCAUCCAGAGUGUUUUGUGUUGUAAUCUGUAUUGAGACACGGGGACAUGUUUUGAGUUGAGGUACGAGAGCAAUAACACAGAUUAGUGUGGGAUUAAUUAACUGCAGUAAUGUAGCUGUUCUGGAUCUGAGCCGAGUCUGGAUUAAAUAAACUGGAUUAGUUGAUCUGGUCUGGAGUCUCCAUGAUAAUGUGAAUGUUUAUACUUGUUUUUUCCUGAAGGCGAUUCUCAGGGAUCCCCCCCACCCCAUUUUUUUAUGUUAACUCCUCCUAUCCUAGCUCCUUGAGUAGUUUAAAAUUUAAUUUCACACACUGUCACGGUGUCCCCCCCCCCCCUGGCUGUAGCGCUCUCACUGAAGCUAACGUCCACGACUGAUCCUGGAUCGGUUUUUCUCAGUAAAUCUGAACCCCAGUGAGGGCCGUGUUCCACCGUGUUUGUGUGUUUAUUGUGUGUUUAUUGUGUAACUGUGGGCUGGGUGUGUUCAGGGUUACGUGGUGUUUUAUCUGGACUGAAUCCUGUUGGAGCUGGACUUUAACUCAAAAUAAAAAGCUAACACAA